AUAGCCUGGGUUUUCUCACAACCUUCAUUUAAACCAAUGAAAUUUGUCGACACAGUUUAGUAUUCAAUGAAUACACAAAGAUGGCUGAGCAUAACAAGGGAGGGAUUUUAAAUAAAGCUGAAGUUUUUCUGCGUCGCCGAAAAACGAAGUUGUUACAGACCAUUGGUAAACAGGAGAAGACCACAGAUGAUAUUCUGUUAGAAAAUUCCCAAAAACUUGAAAAACAACAGGAGGUAGCUAGCAAGUUUCAAAAGGAAUUGAAGCAGUAUGUACAUUGUGCAAAAGCACUGUCACUAGCAUCAAAGUCUUUCUACUCAACAGUAGCGGAGGUUUACGAGCCAGAGUGGGAGAAUCAUGCUCAAAUUACAGAAAUACUCACAAACAUGGACAUGUUAUGGCAGGAUUACCUGACAAAAUUACAGGAUCAAGUCCAAGAACCUCUUACCAAGUACCUCGCCACUAUACCACAAAUAAAGGCACGGGUAUCUAAACGUGGUAGAAAGAUGAUAGACUAUGACAACGCCAAACAUGGUCUGGAGGUUCUCCAGAAUGCUAAGAAAAAAGAUGAUGCUAAAAUUGCAAAGGCACAAGAGGACCUUGGUGUUGCUCUGCAGAUGUUGUACUGUAUUAACAAUGUAAAUGUUUGUAUAUAUUUCAGUCGUGUUGUUUUCUAUGGCAACUUAUUCCAGAGUUUAUUCACAGCAGAAAGUGUGUUCCAGACCGAGGCUGGCAAGGUGUGGGGAUUGGCCCCAGACUGUCACUUUGCUAUGGGUAGUCAGACUAUCAGCGACUCAGGAGCUAAGUUGGCGAGCGACCACGAGCAUCACACAUACACACCUCGUAAAAAUAUACGCAGUACAGUCGUCCCCGGGAGGGACAGGGGUGAUGCCUACCGGGAUAGCCUCCAAAUUCCUUUCUUUUUCCGUUAUUCAAUGUCAAGGGAUGACAGUAUAACGAACGGUCAUGUUGAAAAUGGACCUGACAGUCCUCAGCCCGACAGUCCAACCCCGAGCAGCUCCCCGAACUCUCCCACCAGUCCAGAGCCAGUCAGCUCUACAGAGCCCCUGACAAACGGCACGCCUGAUACUGAUACCAGUAAAGAAAGCAUUGAACAAGAUGAUUAUGUAAACACACAAUUUAAAGAACAAGAGAGAAAACUAAGUGAAUCUGACACAUCUAAAGAUACUGAGGUCAAGGUUGAAGAGGUCAAGGACAUAGAGGUCAAGGAUGUUCCCACUGACAAACCUGCAGAAAGUGAACAGGAGGGCAAGCCAGCUUCUGAAGAAAAGAAACAGGAAGAAGACAAAGAGGAGGAUGUUAAGGUAAAUGGUGACCUUGACACAUCAACAGAGCAGGAGGUUCCCACGGAAGCCCCGCCUCCCAUCCCUGCCUCUCUCCCACCCACUGAAGAUGACAGUAAGGAUAAGGAAGACAGUAGUCAACAGAAAGAGGAGAAAGAUAAAGAUGAAGAGGAAAAAGAUAAAGAAGGGAAAGACAGUGACAGCGAUAGUGAUUCAGGGCUUUAUCAAGUCCCGCCCCCUGCCAAACCUGUAGCCGACGAUCUUCCUAAAAACUAUUUAUAUACUGAGAAAACAACGAACCCUGAGGAAGAACAGUUGCCUCCGAAUUAUCUUUUCUCUGUCAUAGCAACACACUGCUACAAAGGCGAGGAUGAGGAUGAGAUUUCAUUUGAUGCUUCCGAAAUUAUCUAUGUUGUCGACUAUGAAGAUCCUGAAGAACAGGACCCAGGCUGGUUGAUGGGCGUGAGGAAGUGUAAUGGACAGACCGGAGUCUUCCCAGAGAACUUCACUAAGAAAGUAUAAGUGCUGGUUACCGUGGAAACAUGAAGUUCCGAUCGCUGGAAAUGCUCGUGCAUUUGAGAGAUAAUACUCAGUAUGGUAGUGGUUUAUAAAUUAUGUUGUAGGGAGGUAAAUGAGAUAGAUUUUAGAGAUGAGAUAGAUUGUAGAGGUAUUUUAGAGGUAGAUUUUGUAUAUAAAGUUCACGAUGGUUCUUGCAAUAUACUAAUUGAAGUGUACAGGACAAAUAUACUCCCUCAUAAACAUGUGUAGUACAACUUCCACUCAUAUGAAAAUACAAAUGUUUUUAUAUUUAAAUAUAUAUUAAAUAUGUUAUUUUUUCUUCUUUUAUAUAAAAAAGAAAUAUUUUAAGAUAUAGUUUUAUUUGAUUUGAUUAUUUUUUUUAUUUUUUUUUUAAUAUAUAACUUAAGUAUGCCUCUUUCUCAUUAUUAUAUGCCAGUGACUUUUGAAAAAAAAUGUUAUGUUAUUUCAAGGUUGACAAAUAUGAGCUGAUAAAAGAAUAAAACAUUAACAAUAAUAUAUGUCUGCAAGAUGUAUAUGGUAAACAUCUUUGCAAAAUUGAAUGAUGUUAAAAGAUCCUAAAAUAAGAUCAGAAAAAUUAUCGUGCCAAUUGGUGAUUAAAAGUUCUUCCUUUUAAGACAAUUCUUUUGUAAUAUUAUGUUUCUCUGUGACAUGUCAAAAAUGUUGUUCAUGGAAAAAGGAAAGUUGCUGUCAACAUUUUAAUUAAGCAUUUGACCAAUUGCUGAUUUUCAUGAUAAGAGGUUUUGGAAAAUGAGAAAGUGGCAUAUAUUUUUUUUACAUUUUUUUUAGUUUUGUUUGGUCGUAAAUUGGUCAGACUGUGACCAAAGUGUUCUAGAUUAUAUGAGGUAACUAAAAGCAUUAGAUUUUUUUUCUGAAAACUUUAUUAUUUUUAUUAAGGAUAAUAUUUUGAAGAAGAAAAUGCCCACCUCUUGUAGAGGGUACAUGUAUAAUUGCUGCUGCAUUGCAUUCUUCAUUUGAUAUUGAAGAUUUGUCACUGUUUAUUUAGAGUUUUUUUUAUAAAUGGUAUUUAGUAUGUUUAUUAACAUCAGCAUUCAACGCAAAUAUAAGUUAAAUGCCAUAUGCUUAUUUUAGAUUUUUUUUAUCUGUUAUAUUUUACCCAAAUUAUUUUGAUAAAUGAUAAAUUUUAUAUUACACAUUCCACUAUAACAAUCAUGUUUUCCAGUUUUCGCACAUAUCUGGCCACAUAAGGCUAUACUAAAUUAUUAUAUCGUAAAAUAUUUAUGUAGAAAAUAUGCAAAGAAUAUUCUAUAUGAACUAUAUUUGUCAUUUUGUUUAUGUAUAAAUUGUUUGAAUAAAAUAAAUAUUAUGAAUUAUAAAUUAUGUGACAAAAUUAUUGUCAUGAAAACAAACACAUAUAUAAUUAUUAUAUACGCAUAUUGUUUUUACUAUUUUGUACAUAAUCAUUGAUUCUUUUUUAAGGAUUGCUACACAGUAUUUUCAUUUUAACAUUCAUCGUGACGGAAUGUGUAUGAAAUGCUCUUAGAAUGUGCCAUAAAAUUUUUAUCUCACAAAUAUUGUAAACUUUAGUUUUCAUGAUGAACUAACUUCAAUUUCAAGUUCUUAUAAGUUUCUAAAAUUGCAGACCAGUCACAUCAGGAUGACAUUAAUUUAAAGAUUCAUGACAACCAGUCUACAGGAAGUACUCUUCCAUUGGCUUAUUUUGAAAUUUGAAAUUUAAAAAUUGACCAAUGAAAUAUGUAGACUUGUAUGAAACUUAGAAUUUGACACUUUUUCUGCAUUUUUGCAAUUUUGGGAAUAAUUGUGCUUAAAAUUUGUAGUCAAAGCUUCAAAAGGAUGUUUCAAAAAUGUGAUUAAAGAUUUUU